UAAGAAGCCUGGCGAGAACAAAUCAUGCACAAUAUAGCACCAUUCAUUAGUGUUUUAUUGGUAUCAGCAGUCCGAUUAGAACAAUAUUGGAUGCCAUGUCAGGGAAUAGAGCACUUUAAAGGAGACCUAUUAUGCAAAAAUCACUUUUAUAAUGUGUUUGAACACAGUUGUGUUGCUGCAGUGUGUGAAAACUACCAGCCUAUAAUGUUAAAAAUCCACCAACUCAUUUUUUUUUAAUAAAACCAAUAAAUCAUGAACAGUCUCUCCACAAGAGCUGUUUCAGAUUCUCCCUCUGUUCACGUCACUGAGGAGGAAAAGUCCCGCCCAUGAGUGAGAAGCUGCAGUCCUCCAUUACUGGAUGUCAGCGCCAAAGAGGCAUUACAAGUGUUGUGUUUUGGGAUGCACUAAUGAACAUUAGUUCAUUAACUCUCCCCAUCUGAGCCGAGGACACUGUGGUUAAAUUUCAUUUUCAAAGGAAAUAUCCCGGAAAAAAUCGGUAACGUCCCUAAAUGUUUAGGAAUCAAUACCAACGCUCCGCAUGCGAACAUCAGCUCCAGACAAAUUUUGGAGCUCCUGGUGAUAAAGUGGGUGCCAUGCAGAGACGCCACAGCAGCAACACUGAGGGCAUGCCGCCAGAAAGGAACAGGAGUCAAACUCUCGGUUCAGAGAGCAGUCUUGAUGAAGGAGGUGUGUUUGACUGUCUGAAGCCAGACUCUCCUACGUCGCCCCAGCAGCUCUUCUCUGGUCUGGUGGGCGUCUCUGCUGGGAACGUGUCCUCAGCUCCCUUCCAGGCUGCGGGGCUGGUUCUGGGUUCUCCACCGGACGUCUUCAUCCAGAUGGCGUCCUCAUCGAGGGACGAAGGCUCUCACCGGACGGAGAACCCGCCUUAUCUCCCUCGCCCUCCUCAGCACCAUCAUCAUCACCAUCAUCAUCAUCACUCCGGCCAGCACCGCUCUUCUCUCCUGCAUGCGGCCACCUCUGCUGAGAGACAUGGGAGCAGAGAUGAUGGAGGUGAUGAUGCCUCUACACCAGCUCCUGCUCUCUCUGAGCUCAAGGCUGUGGUCACAUGGCUUCAGAGGGGCUUCCCUUUUAUCCUCAUUCUCCUCGCUAAAGUCUGCUUUCAGCACAAGCUAGGAAUUGCUGUUUGCAUUGGAAUGAUCAGCACAUUUGCCUUUGCUAACUCAACGCUGAAGCAUCAGGUGGCAUUGCGGGAGGAGAGGUCUGUGUUUACCACUCUCUGGAUUAUGAUCUUUCUCGCCGGCAAUAUUGUGUAUGUGUAUUAUACAUUCAGUGCAGAGGAACUUCACAACAGCCUUAUUUUUGCGAAGCCAAACAUCAACAGUUUUGAUUUCUUUGACCUGAUCUGGGCUGUUGGAAUAACCGAUUUUGUGCUGAAAUAUUUCACCAUUGAGCUCAAAUGCCUCAUACUGUUCCUGCCUAAAAUGAUGCUCGCUUUCAAGUCCAGGGGGAAGUUUUAUCUGCUCAUAGAGGAGCUGAGUCAACUCUUCAGAGCUUUGGUUCCCAUCCAGCUUUGGUAUAAGUACAUCAUGGGUGAAGAUCCAUCCAGCAGCUACUUCCUGGGGGCAACGCUGAUUAUCAUCUACAGUCUUUGUAAGUCAUUUGAUUUGUGUGGAAGAAUAUCUGGCAUUCGGAAAGCAUUCGUCAUUCUCUGUAGAUCACAGAGUUACGGUGCGCGAGCCAGUGCUCAGCAGUGCAGUGAGGCCGGGGAUGUGUGUGCGAUCUGUCAGGCUGAGUUCAGAGAGCCAAUCGCACUGCUCUGUCAGCAUGUGUUCUGUGAGGAGUGUUUAUGCCUGUGGUUUGACCGGGAGAGAACGUGUCCGUUGUGUCGUUCAACUGUGGUCGAAACGCCACGCAACUGGAAGGAUGGCACAACGUCGGCACACUUUCAGAUCUACUGAAUGGAGACCCAGCUGAAAGAUGAAGGUUUUCAGGUCCACUUGAAUCAGAUAAAACUUGUUUACCAUGCAUAAAAUGUUCCUGUUUGUAAUGUUAUAUAAAGGGAAGAGUGACAGUAUGUUACAUCAUUGAAUGUAAUUUACAAUUGCACCAUUACAUUAUGUCUGAUAACA